ACGUCUCUGCUGGAAGGACUUGAGCUCGCACACGUCGCAGCGACAUGGACAAGCCAGGACUGUUCAGCUGCGCUGGAACGCCAUAUAGAGCGCUGGCCGACGCUCAGAUUGCAGAGCUCUGGUCCGCCCUCAGCUGGCCCCAGGACCCACUGCCGGUGCUCGACGUUGGCUGCGGUCCUGGUGACGUCACUAAGAAGGUCAUAGCUCCGCGACUGCCGCCUGGCACGAAGCUGGUGGCCUGUGACAUCAGCCCAGACAUGUUGGAGUUCUGCAGGCAGCACAACGCACUACCUGGCACCAUUACGUACGAGAUAUUUGACGCAAUGACACCUCACCUGGAGAAAUCUUCCGUGUGGCAGUACGCACUCUUUGGCAAGGUGUUCGCCGUGAUGGUCAUACACUGGCUGUCUGACGACAGAUGUGCCAUCCAGAAUAUGCAUAAGCUGCUGGUACCGGGAGGAGAAGCUGUCUUUACCGUACUAGCUAAGAGUGCCCAUUUGGCUGCUUAUGAAGAACUGGCGAAAGACCCUCGCUGGGCUCGGUACAUGAAGGACGUGGAGACGUUUGUGUCGCCCUAUCAUCGCAGUGAGGACCCAGCCAGCGAGUUCCGUCAGCUGCUGCAGAGCGAGGGCUUCCACGUCGUGCGCUGCGACAUGAGUCCGCAGACGUUCGUGUUCCCAUCCGAAGCGCAGCACAGAGCUGCCCUAAAAUCAGUAAAUGCGUUUCUGAAUCGCAUACCAGAAGACCAGCAGGAUGACUUUAUGGACGACUGGAUGCAUCAUAUGGAGAAACUUGGAGGCUUAACAAACUACACUGAGCCCACCGGGGAGACGAAGUUCUGCAUGCACUGUACGACAGUGGCUGCCGUAGGCAGGAAACUAUAAUACAGAGCCAUCCACACACUUCCCAGCUGUGAUUAACGAUAUUUAAUGUCAUUUUUAUGUUAUGAAUCAGAAGUUCUCUUUCCAUUAAGCUGCAAAAAAAAAUCUACGUAUAAUAAAAGGAAGUCAGACGUAAA